GUUAUAUAUUUUCUUUUUAAUCUUAUCUGUAUAUCUGUGUUAUAAAGUGAAUGUGUGUAUAUAAAGUGAGAGUGUUUUAAUCUUGUUUUUUUAUUGUGUGUGCUAAUCAAAUUUUUUUCAAUCCAAGUCCGAAGCAUUUUCUAUAUUCCUAAAAACAAUGUUUUGCAAUAAACGACAACGAUACUAUUCAUUUGAUAUGAUUAUUGAUGAUGAUCAAAAUCACAUUUAUGAUGAUUAUAUGCUGCUUAUUAUUAAUAACAAACAAACAAAAUUUAGUUUGUUUAAAUGUUUAAUACAAUUAUCAUUAUUAUUAAGUUUAUUAUUAGGGAUAGGUGAUUGUCUGAAAAUACGACCAAAACAAUGUUCAAAUGCUAUUGGUGAACAAGGAACUUGUAUGUUUGUUUGGGAAUGUAUUAAAACUGAAGGUAAACAUUUGGGUACUUGUGCUGAUGGUUUUCUAUUCGGUAGCUGUUGUGGUCAUAAUGAUCAAAUUAAUUCUAUACCAAAUGAUAUUCCUGUUGUUACCGUUACAUCCGCUUCAACAACAACAACAACAAUAUCAUCAACAACAACGAAUAAAUUACGUCCCGGGAGCCAUCAAUCAAACAUAACCGGCGUUUCGACAACGACAACAACAAAAAAACCAUGGAUAAAUUCAACGAUAACAACAGAAAUUCCGGUUACAUUAUCCUCAUCAUUAUCAUCAUCACAUCAUCACCAUUAUCCAUAUCAUAAACCAUCAUAUACAACAUCACAAAAACCAUGGAUUAUUUAUACUGGUCGUCCAAAUAUCAACAACAACAACAUUCCAAUAACAACAACCAAACGACCGACAUGGCCAAUUAUCAUCGUCAAUAAUAAUAAACCUUUGAUUACUUCGAAUACAAGUUCGUCGUGGAAUAUUGUUAAACCACCACCACCAUUACAAACGAUUACAAAUCAUCAACCUAUAACUAAUGGUAUUGGUCAUUGGACAUUGACAGCCGCUACUUCCACAACAGCAGCAACUAGUUCAUCGACUAAUGAUCAAUAUAGUGGAUUAUCGAAUCCAAUUUCAAUCAAUAUUGAUAAUAACACUGCUGCCACUAAUAUAAUUAGUUUAUCGGAAAGUUCAUCAAUUCCAACAACAACAACAACAACAACAACAAAUGAACCAAUUCCAUUAUCAUCAACGACAACAACAACAACAGCGUCGACAACAACAACAACGCCGUCGAUAACAACAACAACAACAAUAUCAUCAUUGAAUGGCAAACUUGAACAAUGUGGAAUCACUCAACUAAAACCAAGAACAAAAGUUGUUGGUGGUAAAAAUUCAGCAUUUGGUGCAUGGCCAUGGCAGGUUUCAGUCAGAAGAAUAUCAUUUUUUGGUUUUUCAAGUACACAUCGUUGUGGUGGUGCAUUAUUAAAUAAUCAAUGGAUUGCAACAGCCGGUCAUUGUGUUGAUGAUUUAUUACUAACCCAGAUUCGUAUUCGUGUUGGUGAAUAUGAUUUUUCUAGUUCACGUGAACCAUAUCCACAUUUGGAACGUAGUGUUAAACAAAAAAUUGUUCAUCCAAAAUAUAAUUUUUUUACAUAUGAAAAUGAUCUGGCGUUGGUACAAUUGGAACAACCAAUUGAUUUUCUACCACAUAUAUCACCAAUUUGUUUACCACCCGAUAAUAUUGAACUGUUAGGCCGAAAUGCAACUGUUACCGGUUGGGGAAGACUGAGUGAAGGUGGCGUUUUACCAACAGUAUUACAAGAAGUUCGUGUCCCUAUAAUUAGUAAUGACCGGUGUAAAAAUAUGUUCUUAUCGGCUGGCCGUCAUGAAUAUAUACCGGAUAUAUUUAUGUGUGCUGGUUAUGAUGCUGGUGGUCAUGAUUCAUGUCAAGGUGAUAGUGGUGGUCCACUGCAAGCACGUCGUUAUGAUUCUCGAACAACAAUUUUUUCACCUGAAGGUCGAUUAUAUCAGGUUGAAUAUGCAAUGGAAGCAAUUCAACAUGCUGGUACUUGUCUUGGUAUUUUAGCAUCUGAUGGUAUUGUUUUAGCUGCUGAAAAACGUAAUCCGAAUAAAUUACUUGAUGAUGUUAUUACUUCGGAAAAAAUCUACAAACUUUAUGAUGAUAUGGCUUGUAGUGUUGCCGGUAUUACAUCGGAUGCAAAUGUUUUAACAAAUGAAUUACGUUUAAUUGCUCAACGUCAUUUAUUACAAUAUGGUGAAAGUAUACCAUGUGAACGUAUUGUUAGUUGGCUUUGCGAUAUUAAACAAGCAUAUACCCAGUAUGGUGGUAAACGACCAUUUGGUGUAUCAGUACUGUAUAUGGGUUGGGAUAAACAUUAUGGAUUUCAAUUAUAUCAAUCAGAUCCAAGUGGUAAUUAUUCCGGUUGGAAAGCAACUUGUAUUGGUAAUAAUAGUAGUGCUGCUGUUGCAUUAUUGAAACAAGAAUAUAAAGAAGGUGAAACUAAUUUGAAACAGGCAUUAGAAUUGACCAUACGGGUAUUGAGCAAAACACUUGAUACAACUAAAUUGACCGAAGAUAAAAUUGAAAUCGUUACACUUACCCGUGAAAAUGGUAAAUCAAAAAUUCGUAUGCUACCAGCAAGCGAAAUAACCAAAUACAUAAAAUCGUAUGAAAAAGAUGAAGCACAAAAAGCUGAAGCGGCUAAGAAGGAAAAAGAACGCAAGGAAGAAGAAGAAGAAGAAACAACAACAACGACGACUAGCUCAACAAUAUCAUCCACAAACGCAAAUGCAGCUGUUACGGAAACAACAACAACUAAACGUACAUCCGGACGUUUACGUAAAGUAGAUAGUGGUAAAGUGCCUAUACAUCAAAAAAAUCUAUUUCCAGGUCGUCCAGGACGAAAUAAUCGUCCAAAAAGAAAAUUUGCCCAAAAUUUAAUAUUAAAUUUUUCAGAUAGCUCAACAACAAUAAUAAAAUCUGAAUCGAUUAUUGAAAAAUCAGAAGAAAUUUUAAUCGAAACAAAGCAACCAUCACCGUCUCCACCACAACAAGAAGAACAAAAAUCUAUUUCAACAUCAUCGACUAUCGAAUCAACAGCAAAUGAAACAAUCGAUCAAAAUGAUAUUGGUGAAUUGAAAGAUCCAUCAACAGAUUCUGUUGUUGAUGAAUCUGGUGAUUUAUUAUUAGAUGUAUCAUCAUCAGAAUUGAUAACGGAAACAUUAUCAGGUCAAAUGGAUCAUUCAUCUAUUCACCGAUCUUCCUCAUCACCAUCAACAAAUGAACCAGAUUCGAUUUUAAUCAAUAAUAAUAAUAAUUCGGUAUCGAUUCUGGCGGAAACAAAUAUUUCGACCGAUGAUAAAAUUGUUACAGCUAAAAAGAAAUUAAAUAUUUCAGGAAAAAUUAAAGGAAAAUUAAGUGGUAAUCGUAGAAAUAAAACUAUUGAAUAUCGUAAAAAACGUGGACCAAAAGGAAAAUUUAAAAAUUAUAAUUCAACAAACACCACCAGUGCUACUGUAGGGUUAUCAUCAUCAUCAUCAUCAUAUGCAUCAAUUUCAUUUUAUAAUGGUGGAUAUCAACAAUCAACAAAUAAUAAUUCUUCCAAUAUGAAUAAUCAACAAUUAACAACAACAUCCAUAACAGAUAAUAAUAGUCAAGAUGAUAAUGGUGGUAUUGAAAAUAAAAUCAUUUUAUGUUCAAGUAAAGAUAAUUUUCUAUUAAGUCAAGAUAUUUGUGUUAAUUGUGGAAGUUUGGGUAAAGGUGAUGAUGGUCGAUUGAUUGCCUGUGCUCAAUGUGGUCAAUGUUAUCAUUUGUUUUGUGCUCAGGAUUCACAACCAACCAAAAUAACCAAAACAAUGCUUAAUAAAGGUUGGCGUUGCCUAGAAUGUACCGUUUGUGAAGGUUGUGGAAAAGCAACAGAUGAUUCACGUUUAUUAUUAUGUGAUGAUUGUGAUAUUAGUUAUCAUACAUAUUGUCUUGAACCACCAUUAGAAGAAGUACCACAAGGUACAUGGAAAUGUCAAUGGUGUGCUAUUUGUACAAAUUGUCAAUCAACCAAACCUGGUUUUCAUUCAGAAUGGCAAGAAAAUUAUACAUUAUGUGGCCCUUGUGCUAGUCAACAAAAAUGUUCAAUAUGUAAAUUGAAUUAUAAUGAAAAUGAUUUAAUAAUACAAUGUAUACAAUGUCAACGUUGGUUACAUUCAAAAUGUGAUUCAUUAAUGGAUGAAAAUGAAUGUGAAAUUGCAUCAAGUAUUGGUUAUCAAUGUUUAAAUUGUCGUCCAUUAAAUGAAUUGCCAUCAUAUAUACAAGCAAGAAAAAAUGGUACAUUACGAACAAUAUUUAAUAAAAAAAGACAAGAAGAACGAAAUGAUCCUGAAUUGAUGAAAAAAUCUGAACAACAACAACAACAACAGAAAGAAGUCAGUGGUUUAGAUCAGUUUGAUUCGAAUAUAAAUCGCAACGAAGAUCUAAAUAACCAAACAAAUUCAAUGAAAUUAUUAUCAAAAUAUCAUUUGGUUGAUGGUAUUUAUCUUUCGGAAACAGGUUUAGCAAUGAUAAAAUCACAACAAAUUGAACAACCGAAAAAAACUAGAUCAAAACGUAAAAAUAAUAAAGAUGAUCAACAAGAUGAUCAGCAGCAAUCAACGAAUGGUAAUAAAGAACAGGAUAUCACCGAUAAUAAUAAUGAUAAUGAAAGUGAAGAAGAAAAGAAAAAACGUUUACGUCGUUUACGUCUGGAUAAAUUAGGUAUUGGUGGAUUUCUGAUAAAACAACGUGGUGGUAGUAAUGGUGGUGGUGGUAAUAAUAAUCGUUUUGAUGAAACAAGUCAAGAUUUUAAUAAUAAUAAUGGAAAUUAUUUUGAACCGACAAGAUCAACAACACCGGAAAAUGCUUCAUCUUCAGGUACAGGUGGUGAAAAUAGUCGACGUCGUCGUCGACGGAUAAAUAAAAAGAAAAAUCAAUUACAAGAUCAAUAUCCAAGUUAUUUACAGGAAGCAUUUUUUGGUAAAGAUUUAUUAGAUGUAAUAACAACUGCAUCAACAGCAGCAAAUAAUUCAAAAGAAAUGUUUGAUGAAAAUGAUGGCAAAGAAUCCAAUAAUGAUGAUGAUAAUGACAUUGAUGACAUUGAUGGUGAUGAAGAAUCAAUUUCAAAAGAUGCUAUUGUUGAUUUGAAUUCGUUGAAUCUUGGUUUGGAUAAUAAAACAACAACAACAACUACUACUGUUACAAAUGGACAGAAUAUUGUUAAAAAUAAUGAUGAUUUGAAUUUUUUUGGUGAAAAUUUUGCCGUUGAUGAUUUAAUAUCACCAGUUGAUUUAUUUGAUAAAUUAUUUAAUGAUGAUGAUGAAAAUGAAUUAUUGAAUGAAUUAUCUGUGGCUACUGAUGGUGAUGCUAAUGAUAUUGAUGGUGGUAAUAAUCCAGAUGAUCAAAUUGUUAACGAUAUUGAUGAUGAUGUUAUCGGUGGUUGUGGUGAUAAUAAAUCAAAUAUUGUUGUUGAUAAUGUAACAACAUCGGUUUCGGAACAACAACAACAACAACAAACGAAUAAAAUGAAUUCAAUGGAUGAUAUAUUGGAUCCUGGAUUUAAUUUUGGUUCAUUGAACGCAUCGGAUGGCCUACCACAAAUGGAUAGUAAAGAUGUUGAAGAUUUUUUGGUUAUGUCAAAUAAUUCAAUGCCUGUAACGGAUGUUGUUGAUGUUGUUGUUGCACCUCCACCAUCAAUGCCACCUGCAUCAUUACCACCGCAAUUAGUUGCGGCGCCAUCAACUCCGCAUCCAAAUCUUCCUAUCCAACAACAACAAACGGAAAUGAUACCACAUCAUCAUCAUCACCAGCAUGGUCAUCAUGGUCAUCAUCAUCCUCUUCCUCAUCCACAUCAUCAACAUCAUCCAUCGCAACAAAUAAUGGCACCAAAUAUGUCUGGCAAUGAAUUAUCAACACCUGUAACACCUGUUAUUAUGAAUGAUUCAAUUUCAAAUUUACAUCAACAAUUUUCCAAUACAUUUGAUAGUCUUCCUCCAAAUCAUCCCCAGCAUCUUCAGCAUCCGCAUCCGCAUCAUGCUCCACCUCCUAAUCAUACAAUGGCUCAACAACAAGCAUCUAUGGUACCGCCACAGCAAUCAUUUAAACCUCAUCCGCAACAACAACAGCCAUUACCAAUACCACCAUCCAAUCAUCAAGAUAAUUAUUAUCAUCAUAAUAUACCACAACAACCACCACCACCACCGCCGCCAUCAUCACAGAUUGUUUCGAAUGUUUCGGUAACGGAAACGGAUUCUGAACCAGGAACAUCACAAGGACAGAAAAAUUUUAUAAAAUGGGAAGCUGAAGAAGCAUUAGGCAGAUAUGCAACAAUAUCAGCUGUACUUUAUGCAAAUGUUAAUCAUACAAAUUUGAAACAUGAAUUCCCGGAAUGGUCAAAUCGUUUAAAACAAAUACAUAAAAUAUGGCGGCAAUUAUCAACUGAACAACGACAACCAUGGUUACAAAUGGCAAGAGAUAAUCGUUCAGCACAGAAAAAGAAUCAAACCGAAAUGAUUAAUAAAACGAUGGAUAGUGGUAAUAAUAAUGGUAAAAAAAUGGAUACUGGUUAUCAUAAUCAUCCGCAACAACAACAACAACAAUCAGCAUCGCAAUUACCACCACCACCAUCUCCGUUACCAUCAUCCAGUGGUAAUGGUGGUGGUGAUUAUCAUCAUCAUCAUCAAGCAACAAAAAUGUAUUCAUCACCACCAAUUGGUGGACCAAUCAUUUCACAAAUGUCACCAAAUCCAACAAUGAUGCAACAACAACAACCUGUAGCUAAUCAACAACAACAACAUCCAAUGAGUCCGAUUAUUUUGUCACCACGUUUAAGACCUUAUAAUGCGGAACAAGUUAGCGUUAGUGGUGGUUAUCCUCAACAACAAUCUUCGACAAUAACAACGCAACAUAUGGUACGGCCACCAUUUUCACCAAGUCAUCAAUCAUCACCGAAUAUUGGUAAUGUUACAUCAGUAGAUAUUGGUCAACAAUCAUAUCAAUCAUCAUCAAUGUCACCGGCUGGACAACGAUCACAAUCACCUUAUAUACAACAACCAUCAACACCAAAUCCAUAUAUAACACCUGUACGAACACCAUUUUCACCAUCAUCAUCAACAACUGGUCAUCAUCAACAUCAUCAUGCUCAUCAUCAGCAACAACAACAACCUGGAACACCACAUCAAACGGAUCCUUAUUCAUCAAUGCCAUCAAGUGUAUCAUCACAACCAUUAAUGGCACCAUCAACACCUGAUUCACCUUAUGGUCCAAUUCAGCAACAACAACAAUCAUCUGUAAUGACACCAUCAACACCUCAACCACAGCCACAAUCACCUGCUCAAUUAGUUCAACAACAAUCACCAAUUACAUCGGAUAAUUCAAUGAUAUAUGCACGUUCACCACGACCAUCAUUAUCGACGAUUAACAAUAGUAAUAAUACUCCACCGAUUGUUGCCGCAUCUAAUCAACAACAACAAAUUCGUUGUCAUUCAUUUGAUGAAAGUUAUGGUGGUGGUCGACAAUCGCAACCGCAAAUGUAUUCACCACAAUACAUGCAGCAAACGCAACAACAACAGAAUCCAUUCCAAAAUGAUUCAUAUGGUAAUAUGAAUAGUCCUGUUACUUGUCAAGCUGAUACGUCUGGUGGUGGUGGUAUCAAAGUUCAAAUGAUGCGUCCAGGUGGUCCUCGUCAACCUUUACCACCAGGGCAAUCGCUUAAUCAACAACAACAACAACCACCAAUGAUACGUCGUGCCUUAUCCGAUCCAUACAAUAGUGGUGGGGCUGGUGUUGGUAUUCCGGUUGGUAAUCCAAUUCGUUCACAACAACAGCAACAAUAUGUUCAGCCAAAAAUGGAUGAAAUUGAUAAUGGUCAAAAUAAACAACAUUUAAGAAAUUUACUUCAAGUUCAUCAGAUGCGUCGAUCAGAUUCUUUGCAAUCGACACCUUCACCUUCAAAUACACCACAGCCACAAUUGCAACAACAACAACAAAGACCACCAAUAUGGUCAACUGAUCAGCAACAGGUGAAUAAUUUCCGGCAACCAAUGUCACCGAUUAUGGCACCACGUAUGUCAUCACGUAUGCCAUAUCAAUCAUCAAUGGAUCCAAAUCAACAGCAGCAGCAGCAGCAACAAAAUUAUCGAUUUAGAUCAAAUAUCGAUAGUGCUCAGCAGCGACCAAUGACAAUGAUGGGUCCAGGAAUUGUACGAUAUCCACCGCCAUCAACUACAUCAUCACAACAAUCGUUUAAUGUACGAUUUACAUCAUCGCAACAACAACUUGGAAAACCUAGAUCGCAACAACAAUGGAAUAAUCCAAAUGUACCAUCAUCAUCACCUAUUUCGACACAACAACCUAUUCGAAUGCCUAUUCAAUCAUGUUCUCCAAAUGAUUCAAUGAUUCGUCCAUCACAAUCACCAUUAUCAUCGACAAAUAUUAAACCCGAAAUGAUAGAUAAUCAAGAUUUAGAUAUGUCAUCAAAACAACAAUCCACAUCAUCAUCAUCAUCAUUGAUUGUUGGAAAUGUUGUUGAAACAGUUGAUGAAACUAUUGUCGGUGGUAGCAGUAGUGGUGUUGGUGUUGGUGUAGAUUCACUUGCAGUUGAUGAUGAUGAAUUAUUACAACUUGGUAAUGAUUUUAAUAUUCUGGAAUAUGCGGAUCCAGAUGCAAGUAUGGAUGGUCGUUCAGUUGGUAAAACAAGUAUAUUCGAUGAAUUGGAUGAAAAAGAUGAUAUGUUGGCGAAUGAAAAUAAAGAAAAAUCCGGAAAGAAGAUUGAUGUUGUUAAGAAUGAAAAUGUUGAUCAACAACAACAACAAUCGCAACAACAAAUUCAUCCAACAACAACAACUGCCGUAACAUUUCAACGACAACAAUCGCAUUUGCAGCAACAGCAAUCGCAACAGCCACCAAGAAUGAUUAAAUCAGAAUCACAGCCGCAGCAGCAACAAGGACAAUAUUUUAGUUCGGAUUCAUUAUUAAGUGAUGAUGAUUUUGAACGAUUAAAAAAUGAUUUUUUUAAUGAUGAACAACCUCAACAACAACAACCGCAACAACCGACUGGAUAUCAGCAACAACAACAACAACAAUCUACAAUGAUGCAAUCAAAUCAAAUGUCACAAUUAGCUACACAUCCGCAACAACAGCAACAGCAGCCAAUAUUACAUCAACAACAGCGUCAACAAUAUAAUCCGAAUAACGCUGUUGGUGGAUGGCCAUCACCGCAACAACAAAAUCGUUUACCAUAUCAGCCGCAACAACAACGAAUGCAUAUUCGAACGAUGUUACCGCAACAACAACAAGCAAUGAUGGGACGGCCACAACAUAUGAUGCCGCAAAUGUAUCCAAAUACUGGUCCUGGUGGUGGACAACGAAUAAUGUUACAACAACAGCAACAGCAACCUGUUCAGAAUCCACAUUUAUUACAACAACAACAACAAAUGUCACAUGCUCGUAUGAUUCAACAACAACAACAACAACAUCAUCGACCACCGAUGCCUGGUGUUGGUAACGUUGAUGAUUAUAACGAAAUGACACAACAACAAAAUUCAAUGCUCCAGCGACAGAAAACAUUGGAAACUGAAAUAGCUCAGAUGCGUAAAACAAAAAAAUCAUUGAAUGCACGUCAACGACAAUGUAGAAAAAAUCAAAAUGAAUUAAAUGAAAUGGAUGCUGAAGAAUUGGCAAGAGUUACACAGCGAAUACAUGAUGUACAAAAACAGCUGGAUCAAGUUCGUAAAUAUAAUAAACAGAAUAAUAUUAUACCGGAUAAACGUAAAACAUCCACAGCAACAUCAGCAGCAGCAGCUUCUUCGAAUACAUUACCGCAUUCACCAGGUGCAAAUCGAACACAAACACCACCAACAACAAGAUUAGUAAAUUCACCAUCAUUGGCUGCUUUAAGUAGUAAUCAAUCAGGUCCAAAUACACCAUUAGCUGGAAUAUCAUCAACAACACCACAAUCACCAUCAUUAAUAAAUCAAUCACCAUCAUCAUCAUCAUCGUUGAUGCAAAAUAAUUCACCAGUAAUGUCUGGUUUACAUUCACCAGCAACAGUUGCAGCAACAAUGCCACAAUCACCAAUGACUAUUGAUCAAUCAUCAAUGAUUGUUACAUCGAAUGUUGUUGGAAUUCGUCCACAAAUCGUCCAAGAUGAUAAUAAUCCAUUUUCAGAUGUUUAUUUACAAAAAGAAAAGAAACAACAACAACAACAAUCAAUUUAUCAUCAACAACAAUAUCAAUCAGGAUUUGAUGAUGGUCAACAACAACAACAAUAUUAUCAACAUCCUGGUCAAUCUCCAUAUCAAAGAAAUUCAUCAUUAUCAUCAUUUCCACCACCACAAUCACCUGUACAAACUUAUCCGCAAAGAUUUCCAGGUCCAUCUGGACCUAUCAAUACACAUUUUGUUCAACAACAACAAUCCGGUCAAAUUCAACAGCAACAAUCAGUACCAAAUUAUCAACAACAACAACAAAUUCGUAGACCACCACCCCCACCUUAUCCUGGAAAUCCUCAACAACAACAACAACAGCAGCAUCCUGGUUAUUGUCCACCAUCACCUGUUGUUGUUGGUGGCGGUGGUUAUCGUUCACCGCAUCCAUCACAACAACUUCGAAUGCCAAUGCGAAAUCCAAUUCCACCAUCACAGCCUCAACAACCAUCUUUAUCAUCGCAAACAAUCGAUCCAUCAAUUAUGCAACCAACUACUACUGUUGCCGCUACACAUUAUCAAGAUCCUGGUCAUAUGCAAAUGAUGCAACAAUCAUAUCAACAACAACAACAACAAAUGAAUCCAAUGAUGGAUCCAUCAAUGAUUGGUGGUGGUGGUGGUGUUCCUAUUGUAGGUGAAGCUGAAACAACUAUGGAAUUUACCUUGUCUGAACAAGGUAAUGGUGUUGAUAAUGAAUCGGACCCGUUUACAUUUUUAAAAGAAAAUGCUAUGGAUUCGGAAAAUAAACAAUCAUCGCAGCAACAAGUUGAACCAGUUCAGGAACCGAUACAGGAAAUUCUUAUUUCAUCGGAAAAUAAUGAUAAUAAUUUACAGCAACAACAACAACAACAAUCAUCAUCAUCCGAUUCGAAUCAACAACAACAAUCAUCAUCGGAUAUUGUUGAAACUGUUAAUCAUUCAACAGCUGAUGAUUCAUCUGAUCAUUUGCCGGAUGAACGAAAUGAUGAUCAUAAUUCAAAUCAAUCGGGAAUUGCCGCAGCUAUCGAAGAGUCACCAGCUAUUCUUUCAACAAAUCAAAUUCAAUCGGAUACAUCAAAACAACCACAACCACAACAACAAUCAUCAGAUGAUGAUGAUGCACAUUCAAUUAAACAGAAUGCAUUAUUAAAAAAAUUAUUACAAAAUUGUCCAUCAGCUGAUCAUCUUAAAUCAUUAGCAUUAUCUAAUCAACAACAGCAGCAACAACAACAAAUUUCAACAAAUGAUCAAAAUCUAAAUAAACAGGAAUCUUUACCUACUGCUAUUUCUUCUUUGUCUGCUGUAAUUUCAAACGAAACUUCUGAAAUUGAAUCAAAAUCAUCAACAACGAUUUCAUUGAUUGAAACUACUGCUGCAAAUGUUGAAACGAAAGAUUCGACAACUAUUUCGACCGCACCGGUUGAAAAUGCUGUUCCGGUUACUGUUCCGAUUCCAGCAACAACGAUAAAUGAAUCAAGUACUACGCCGACUACACCGACAUUACCGGUAAAAAAACCAAGCUAUUUAGAUAUAAGACGUGCACAAUUAGAACGUGAACCAACACCACCACCUGAAGAUAAACCAAAACGUAAACGAACAGUAAAACGUAAAGAAAGUCAAAAAAGUAUUGAUAGUCAAGAUUCAACAAGUCAAGAUGUUUUUUCGAAUAAUUCAAAUCAAACUACAAUGACUAAAACGAAAAAACGUCCAAGAAAAAGUUCACAAACAAAAUGUGAUGAAAAUUCAAAUGAUUCAACCAGUACAAGCAAUGAAAAACUUUUAACAUCAAUUAUCAAUCAUUUUCGUACAUUACCUGCUGUACAAAUUGUUGAACCUGAUAUUCAAGUAAAUCUGAAUGUUUGUCUACCGCCAGAUUCAUCUACGAAUGGAUUUAAUUCAUCAUCAUCAUCGAUGUUAUCAAGGAAAAAAACCCAAUUAAAAGGUUGUUAUGGUAAUGCAUAUUUACCCACACAAAUUGAUUAUUAUUCAUAUUAUCCAUUUGGACCAAAUCGUCCAACACCGAAUAUGAUACCAACGAAUUCAACAACAAUGUUGAAUUCAAAUCAAAAAGUUGGUUAUUAUCAAGAAGAAUUUGGUCGAUCGUUUAUGGAUAAUUUUAAUAAAGAUGAAUCAACAUUAUUAUCAUUCAAUAAUAAUGAUAUAAAAGAUGAAUCAUUUUCAUUAUAUUCAAGAGAUAUUGAUAGUCCAGAAACAAUUGUAUCAUCAUCAUCACCUGAAUGUAUGUUGUAUAAUCAACCAAAAGAUGAAUAUAAUCGUAUGAAAUAUAUUAAUGAUAAUUCGGAUAAUGAUCAUGAGGAUGAUGAUGAUGAUGAUGAUUAUUUUAAUGAUCAAGAAGAUCGAAAAUCACCAUUUAUAACAUUUUUACCAAUACGACCAUUACCAUUAUAUUCAGAUAAUGGUGAAAAUAAUAAAGAAAAUGAAUUGAAAAAUCAUCAUCACCAAAAUCAUUCACAGAAAACAAAAUCUACUUUGAUGAAUAAAUAUGGUCAUAAUCAACAACAACAACAACAACAAUUGCCAUUAAAAGAAUAUGAUAAUAAUGCACAGGUAGAGAUUACCUUAAUGAUUAAUCCAAAACAUAAUAUUAAAGAAGUAAUGGAAGCAUUAGCAAAAUUAUUAAAAUUAAAAACAACAUUUACAUAUAAUGUUGAAAAAUCAUCAUCAUCGAUAACAACAACUGAAGUGAUUGAAAUUAAAAAUUCGAAUAAAAUUUGUUGUAAAUAUUGUCAUUGUACAUUGGAUAAUGAUCGAUCAAUGAUUGGUGGUGAUAAUUUGACCAUUAUGGAUGAUAAUGAUCAAUUUUGUAAUAAAGAAUGUUUUAAAAAUUAUACAUUAACAAAUGUCAAGUUGAAAUCGGAUAAUAAUAAUUUUUCGAUUAAACAUGAAGAUAUGGAUAUUAUUAAUGAUGAAUCAAUGGAUAUUGCUGAACCAGAAUUAUUAUCAAUAUUUAAUUCGGGUACUGGUGGUGGUAAUAAUUUAGAUAAUAAUAGUGAACCAAGUACGGAUAUUGAAUCAAUAAUCAGUAUAAAUGAAAAACAUUGGAAAAAUACAAGAUAUUUAUAUUGGAAUAAUGAUUCAUUUAAAAGAAAAAACAUUGUUGCUACUAUGGUUGAUGAUAAUGAUAAUUCUGCCAUCAAACUUGAAGAUAUGAAUGAUACCAAUGAUGAUAAUGAUAAUGAAACUGUUGAAGAAUUAUUAGAUCGAUUGGAAAUAUGUUUAAAACCAAAUCGUACAAGUCAAGAAAAACGACAAUGUAUUUUUUGUCAUGAAUUGGGUGAUGGUUGUGCUGAUGGUCCAUCCAGAUUAUUAAAUAUGGAUGUUGAUAAAUGGGUUCAUUUGAAUUGUGCCCUAUGGUCAUAUGAAGUAUAUGAAAUGUGUAAUGGUGCUUUAAUGAAUGUUGAUCAAGCAUAUAAUCGUGCUAUGAAUUCGGUUUGUGUUAAAUGUUCAAAACUGGGUGCAUCGAUAAAAUGUUUUCGUUUACGUUGUAAUAAUUCAUAUCAUUUUCCUUGUGCUAUCAAAGAAAAAUGUGUAUUCUAUACGGAUAAAACAUUAUUUUGUCCAACACAUUCCGCAAAAGGUUUACCAUUUUUAAAUGCUGAAGAAAUGAAUUCUUUUGUUGUUAAUCGUAAAGUUUAUAUUAAUCGUGAUGAACAAAAACAAAUUGCCGCAAUGUUACAUCAUGGUGAUGAUAAUAAUCUAAUGCGUAUUGGUAGUUUGAUAUUUUUAAAUAUUGGCCAGCUAUUACCACAUCAAUUACAAAAUUUUCAUACAGAAACAUGUAUAUAUCCUAUUGGUUAUAAAGUAUCAAGGUUUUAUUGGAGUCCACGACAUUUGGGUAAACGUUGUCAAUAUAUUUGUUCAAUUGCUGAACGUAAUGAACGGCCAUUGUUUAUUAUCGAAGUUAAAGAAGAUGGUUAUGAAACAAUAUUGUAUGAAGCAUCGACACCAAAAUUAGCAUGGGAAAAAAUUAUCAAAUCAAUUGUUCAAUUACGUGAACAAGCACAAACAAUUAAAGUAUUUUUUGAUUUUAUUACCGGUGAAGAUUUGUUUGGUCUUAAAGAACCAUCAAUCGUACGUAUAUUAGAAUCAUUACCUGGUAUUGAUCAACUUGAUGAUUAUAAACUUCGAUAUGGUCGUUCACCAUGGUAUGAAUUACCAUUAGCUAUUAAUCCAAGUGGUUGUGCUCGAUCAGAACCAUUUAAACGUUUUCAUUAUAAACGACCACAUACAUUACAUAUUUCAUCAACUAGUGUACAUCAUCAUCAUUAUCAUCAUCAAUAUCAUUAUCAUAAUCAUCGUUUAUCAACAUUACCAUCACCAUUAAUAAAUACUGAUUGUUCAUCAUCAUCAUCAUCAUUAUCAUUAUAUGUUAAACCAUUUGCACCAUCAAAAGUAUCACAAUAUCGGAAAAUGAAAUUAGAAUGGCGUAAUAAUGUUUCACUUGGCCGGUCACAAAUCCAAGGUCUUGGUUUGUAUGCAAAAAAAGAUAUUGAAAAACAUACAAUGAUUAUUGAAUAUACUGGACUUAUUAUACGAAAUCAUAUUGCUGAUCGUAAUGAACGUAUCUAUGAACAACAUAAUCGUGGAAUCUAUAUGUUUCGUUUGGAUGAUAAUCGUAUAAUCGAUGCUACAUUACAAGGUGGACUUGCACGUUAUGUUAAUCAUUCUUGUGAUCCAAAUUGUGUAACCGAUUGUGUUCAAAUUGAUCGUGAAAAUAAAAUUCUUAUUGUUGCUAAUCGUAAAAUUCAAAAAGGCGAAGAGCUUACCUAUGAUUAUAAAUUCGAUGUUGAAGAUGAUCAACAUAAAAUUCCAUGUCUUUGUGGUGCUGCUAAUUGUCGUAAAUGGAUGAAUUAAUCUAAAAAACAAAA